ACAGAGGAAACAAUGAGCUCAACACAGAAGGACCAACAUGGAGCGAGAAGUCAGCGCUCUCAGGAGGCCGACAAACCUCACAGAAGAAAGAGAGAGAAAACAUACACCUGUGAUGAGUGUGGGAAGGGUUUUCCUGCUAAGUCUAAACUAAAACGUCACCAGGUCAUCCACACUGGAGAGAAACCGUUCAGCUGUGACUUGUGUGAAAAGACUUUUUCCUGGAAGCGUUCCCUAAAAGCACACCAAGCCAUCCACAGUGGAGUUAAAGCGUACAGCUGUGAUCAGUGUGGCAGAGCUUUUACUCACAGUUGCAACUUAAAGGCUCAUCUAGUUACCCACUCUGGAAUUAAGGCAUACAGCUGUGACAUUUGUGGGAAAACUUUUGGCCGGAUUGAGAGCAGAAAUAUACACCUACGCAUUCACACCAGACAUGAUGUGUACUGCUGUGAUCAGUGUGGCAAACGCUGUACUACAGACACACACCUAAAACGCCACAUGUUUACCCACACUGAGGAACAACCUCAGAAAUGUGACCUGUGUGAGAAGACUUUGAAAUCUAUACAUUACCUGAGACGACACCAACAGAUACACAACAGAAAGAGACUCUACAAGUGCAGUUACUGUGAGAAACAGAGCGACACAGAUGGAUCCAGUUCCCAACCCUGUCAUCACUGUGAUGGUGGGAAAGAGUUUCAGUUGGCAAGCUGACCUAAAAAGACAUCAACGUAAAGACACUGGAGAUAAACUCACCUAGUGCAAAAAUAGUGGGUGAAGCUUCUCGAGUACAUUAAAACGCCAUGAAGUCAUUCACAGUGGGGUUAAAAAGCACCUCUGUGACCAAUGUGGGUCAUCGUUCACUACUACUGGUCAAUUUUAAACAAACAAACAAACAAACAUGUGCACAGUUGAGAAACCAUACAAGUGCAGACACUGUGACAAAAGCUUCUCACUCCCAGGUAGUCAUAACUUUCAUGAACGUACGCACAUGAAAGAAAACUACAGCUGUGACCAGUGUGACAAGAGCUUCAGGAAUCUCAGUUCAUACUCUGGUUCUCUUGGCUCUUGACAGAGGCGGUCGCACUUUCUCCUUCACCAUCUCCUUCUCGCUUAUCUUUCCUGUUUGGCUUGUCAUGUCCUUUGUAUAGUCUCGCUUAUUCUCUAACCCUAAGAGAGUCUCCUAGACUUGUUCUCUAAAAACAUAAAGAACAAUUAUGGAUUUGAUCAACUGGUCCCUUAAUGGAAUUGACACCCUCCUGGGCUUGGGAGAACUCGACUGUCCUGCGGAGAUAUUUGCUGCCAGAUACUCGAUGGUCGGUUGCGUCGUGAGUCUGGCGACACUCUCGAUGGAGAACAUUGAAUGACAUCUACCAAUUCGGAACCACAAUAACAGAGUUCUGGCUGAUUGGAGCUGGCCCGGACCUGGCUUAUGGAAGAACAAGAAGUGGUAACAGCUGUUCAAAAUCCCACAAGGCUGGCCGACAUGAUAGACCAUGGGCACGGCUGUGAGUACUCAGACUGUUGGAUUGGAUGCAGAUCAUCUGUUUGGGGUUUUUUUUGGGGUUGUUUUGGUUCUGCUAUAUGGAUAACAUCUUGAAGAAGAUAAACGGGAAUAUAGAGACCUGGUGACCAGUGACGGACUUUAGACCAACUGUAAAGUUGGAUGCAGUUUGUUCACAGUAACCAAAAUAACUACCAUCUUCAUCUCAUGCGGCACCCCUGGCACCAGCUACAUGCUCAAGGCAAAGGAAUAACAAUUCUUCAUUAGGUAAUAAGACUGUUUGUUAUGACUCUCUCCCUCCUCAUUCAAGGUCACCUGCGUCAAACGAAGAUUGUUGACUUUUGCUUAACCAGGUGAAGGGACACGUUCUCUUGGUUGAACACGGAACACACACUCACACGAACACAUACGCAUGUACUCAAAAUGAUCUUCCUGUUGGAGCUCAGUCUGGGGGAGUUCUUUUUUUCUCCUCAUCUUUCCUCAUGUUGUGCAUUUUCCAUUGUUGUUUGGUUCUGGGUCGCUGCUCGUACGGCUGACAGCCCAGCUACCUAGCCUGACCCGUCUCCCCAAUGUGAUGUUUGUAUAUUGUAUGUACGGUCGGCAAGGUCAGUCUCUUAAUUGCCCCUUGGGGAUAAAUAAAGUCUUCUGAAUCUGAACACAAACGAUCCCACGUUACUAAUAAACUGUUUCACUGUUACCAAUGUGCCAAAGCAUUCACUUCAUUGUCUGCCCAAACAUCAGUGUGAUCAGUCCUGGCUGAAAUCACUCCCAUCACAGUGAAUCUGAAGAGACAGACAGAUCCUCUUCUGGUUUCAGGGUCAAAACCCUUGAGAUGAGGCUCACCAGAGUUCAGAUUGAAUCUCCUGUAAAGAUCUGAUGAGGCAGCUAUGAAUGAAAAUGGUUCCCUAGUCUCAUUUUAAGGUUUCUAAACUGUUCUGCUUUAGUGUUCAUGUCGAGUGGUUUGCUUUGUUUUAGCAGUUGGAUGAAGAAAUAUGUUUCAUGUUAUCAAUUUUUUUUAUUGAAUGUAUUUUGAUCCAUGUGUUCUGCAGAUGCUUUCUUAUUCUGGCUGUUUGUUUUGUGAAAUUCUACAAUGUUUAAAUAACAUUUAAACUGUUAAAGAAGUAGUUGGAGCCGUGAUUUCAUUU